UCAUCGCUUGAUGGUUUUCCCCGACGGACAAGGCCACCGAGAUAAGCGAUUCCGGGGAUCACCGGAGCUUUAUCUGCUCCAAAUGCAACGAUGUUAUUCCUCAUCUCACCCUCUCCUACACCCACAUAGACAAGAAUCUUCUCAACAUUCUCUAAUCCCUUCUCCCACCUUAAGUCCGAAAAAGUGCGUCUUUUCAUCGGUAGAGAUUGUUCGUGAUAAUCUUCAGAAUCAUAAUGUAAUAAAUAUCUGCACAGUUCUUGCGAUGAUCUUUACAGUGUGCAAUAAAAUUCGAGAAGUGGCAGUGCUCUUGCAACCGAGUGAAGCUAAUUAGUCAAAGCGAUAGUGAAUACUCGUGCCGAUGUAGUCGGUGAAAUCGGAAGCGACAAACUUCCAGGUUUUCUUUUGUUUUGAUAGUCGAUGUGUUACAUGAUACGUACCUUUAAUCCGAUUGAUGUACGAUUUGUUGCAAUACUAUAGGAAGUUUGUGGGUAAAUUUACUAAAAAUCUACUCUGAGAAUAUUUUUCGGAAACUGGUUCUUUCUGCACUUGACAUUUGAGCAGACGUUCCCUACAACAACAUGGAUUCGAAAUCGGAGCGAAAAAAAUCUGACAAGAAGCCCGAUGUCCUCGACACCUACUUCUCGGAUGAGAGGAUACAGAUUCCCGAAGCUGAUACCGGUGUCUUCAGCUUCAGAAAACUAUGGGCAUUCACUGGUCCAGGUUUCCUUAUGUCCAUAGCUUUCCUAGACCCCGGAAACAUAGAAUCCGAUCUCCAAGCUGGUACGAUCGCCAGAUACAAGUUACUAUGGGUCCUUUUAAGCGCCAUCAGUCUGGGUCUGAUAAUGCAGAGGCUAGCUGCAAGACUCGGCGUCGUCAGUGGUCUGCAUCUGGCCGAGAUGUGUCACCGUCAGUUCAAGCCGUUUCCCAGAAUACUUCUGUGGAUAAUGACGGAAAUAGCGAUAAUCGGCAGUGACAUGCAGGAGGUCAUAGGCACUGCCAUCGCGUUGUAUCUGCUGACGAGUAAAGCAGUACCGAUGUGGGCAGGUGUCAUCAUCACGAUCCUUGACACGUUCACAUUCUUGUUUCUCGACAAGUACGGCCUGAGAAAGCUAGAACUGGUGUUUGGCUUUUUCAUCGCUACUAUGGCUCUGUCGUUCGGUUACGAGUACGUUGUGGCAGCACCUUCUCAAGACGAAGUUCUUAAGGGGAUGUUCGUGCCUUGGUGCGAAAAUUGCGAUACCAAGGCGUUGAUCCAGGCUGUUGGCAUUAUCGGGGCUAAUAUUCAGCCUCAUAAUUUGUACCUUCACAGUGCUUUAGUCAAGUCGAGGAACAUUGACCGGAAGCAACAUGGAAAAGUGAAAGAGGCAAACAUGUACUACUUUACAGAAGCGGCUAUUGCUUUAUUUGUCUCUUUCCUGAUCAAUGUAUUUGUCAUGGCAGUUUUUGCACAUGGACUGUUCGACAAAUCAAACGCUGAUGUGUACGCGAUUUGUGAAAGUAACAAUUUUACACAAGCAACAGAUGAGUUUGUGAAAAACAACGCUACGUUCGAAGCUGACUUAUACAAAGGCGGUCUCUUCCUCGGCUGUCGUUAUGGCUUCGCAGCUCUGAUAAUCUGGGCGAUCGGUAUCCUAGCUGCAGGUCAAUCCUCAACCAUGACAGGAACUUACGCUGGUCAAUUCGCGAUGGAAGGAUUUCUGAAUCUGCAGUGGCCGAAGUGGAAGCGUGUCCUACUGACUCGAUCAAUCGCCAUUGUGCCGACCUUCUUCGUCGCUUUCUUCAGUGAAAUUAAUCAACUGACCGGUAUGAACGAUAUUCUGAAUGUGCUGAUGAGCCUACAGCUACCAUUUGCUGCUCUUCCUCUGAUAGCGUUCACCAGUAAUUCGAAUAUCAUGGGGGAUUUCAAGAAUGGAACUAUCAACAGGAUAUUGGCUACCAUUUUAUCGUUUUUUGUCAUAGCGAUAAACACCUUUUUGGUAACGCAAACUUUGAUGGAGGCUGUGGAGAACGGCGUUUCGUAUAGCAAUGUCCUGAUAGUCGCUAUAUCGAUAUUGGCCUUCUUUUACUUACUAUUCUGCGUGUACCUUCUGAUUUACUUGGCAAUAGCCAUGGGAGCUACUUCUCUGAACAACUCUUCGUUUAUCGAUAAAUACAUUACUGGUCCGAGUAUGAAAAAUUUGGACGAAAGUGAAAGACAUUAUGGAUAAAUUAGACACUAUUAGGAAGUAUUAGAAAAGUAAUUUUGCAUUAGUGACAUUCGACGAUUAAUAACAAUAAUCAAUAAUUUGAUAAUCUAUUGUUUAUAUGAUUUGUAAAUAAUAAAAAUAGUUUUAAUGUGUGUUUAUAUAUAUUUGUCUAUAUACUUUGUAUUACAAAAAUGUAUAAAAUAUUUAAAAAACGCCUGGGAUUUAUUAUUUCUUAUAAAAUUUGUACACAUGCCAGCUUAAUUUCUGCGAUUUUGCUAGGUUGAGAUGAUUCUUAAACGUUUGUAAAAUUGAUGCUAUAAAACAAGAUUAUUUUAGUACUCGCUGCCGAAUAUGCUUCCGUUUUCACUUAAAUUAAUGCUAAGCGCAUCAUGUAUAGUACUGUCAACAUAUGACAGCAUACCAGACAAAGUAUUUGUCUCGAUUUGUUUGAUAUCUGUAAACUAUCAAUUUUGGAAAUAAUCGAUAUUUUUCAAGUAGAUCGAAUUUUUCCUAUAAAUCAAAUGAGUUUUUUUUUUAAUAAUGAUUCUAGUUUGGAGUUAUAGACACUGAAAUAAUCUUGCUAUAAGAAGGUAUGUAGAAUAAUCUAUAGGAAGGGCAGUAUGCCCUGCGUCAUGGGAUAUUUGUAAAAGUUGAAAUAAAUCAAUUUCUAUAUUUAAUAC